AUGUUUGCGCUGGAUGCUAGGCAGAUAAUUGGCGAUGAUUUAAUGAAUCCCUUGGUUGCACCUCACUUGGAUUUCCUCCCGGAAGAUGCACAAGGAGAAUGUGUAUUCAAGACUUCACAAUCUGCCAAGUGGCUGAAGCAUCUCGAUCCAGAUCUCCGCGUCCAAAUGGUGUUUUAUAAUUUGAAGCACUACUACAUUUACGAGCCAGUCCAACUAAAAAACGAUGAGAUUGUCAUUCCCAUUUUCUUCUACAUGCUUGGAUCUAAAACUCUUUCAAAAUGUUACAAGCCCAAAAUUAAAUCAAAGAAGAUACCCAUUGCCACAAAUCUCACAUAUGAUGAUCCUUGUUUACAAACAGUACCAUUGGAUGAUUUUGAUCUCCUCUAUUCUGAAAUUGUUUCAAGUGAUGGCUUGAGAUUAUCCAAAAUCUGUGGAGAUGUGCUUUUCAAACAAGAUAGUGAAGACACAAUCAAGCUACCCAAUCCUUGGAGAACAAAGGCCAACGGGAGGAUAAUUCGACACGUACCAGUAAACAUGUAUUGUGAUGAUACUUCUGGAAACAAGUCAAAGAAGUGGAACAAGCAUAUCUCGUAUUACUUCACGCUCUCGGGAUUACCUCCAAAGAUAUCAAAUCAACAGUUCAAUUGCCAUUUUCUAUGCACAUCAAAUAUUGCUGGCGCAUUGGACCUUGGAGAGAUUGUUGUUCAGCAGUUGAAUGAGAUGAUGAACACAGGCUAUGAGGCAUAUGACAUGAUGCUGUCUCAAACUGUUCUUGUUAUGACUCCAAUGUUAUGCUUAUUGGCCGAUUCUCCAAUGCACGCCGAACUCACCAACACUCCUGUCCCAGGAACUUCCCUGAAUCCCUGUCGAGUUUGCGUCCUCAGUUCAAAAAGUUUACAAGACAAGAAGACAUUGAGUUUCCUUUCAAAGUUUCAACCAAAUCAUUUGAGAUCCACAGAGAAAACGAUCCAAGAUAGUAAAGAAGUUUGGAGAUACGUCAAAGAAAACGCACGCACUAUUAACAAGGAGAAGCUCGAUGAAAAAUCAGCUGAGUUUGGAAUUCGAGAUCAGAGAAACCGCAAGUUUGCCAAGGAAAUCAUUGCGUUCAGAGAAAAAAAGAAGGCUUUACUCAAAGAUGGACGAGAAUUACCAGAGGAUAUGGAGCAAGCUAUUCCGCAAGGCGUGAUGGAUUUGGAGUCCAAGGAUGAAUCUCAAAUGCUCAGCCCUUUUCUGAAAUUGAAAGGCAUGUGUUGUUUUGAUAUGGUCAAGGAUACCCCGGUUGAAAUUUUACAUGUCUUCUUGCUUGGAAUUGUCAAAUACCUAUUUGCAGACUUCAUGAGUGGAUUGGAUGAAGAACAAAAAAAAGAGCUUGAAGCUUUAUGGUCCUCCUUCAACACCAGCUCUCUGAAUAUCCCCUCAAUUAGACCCACUAGUAUGAUUCUAUUCUCCGAUAUGGUCCUGCCAGUCUUUUUGCCACAGAAAAAUUUGAGAGUUAUAAUGGUGUUCUUAGAAAUGCUUCAAUUCACUCCAACCGUCACAGCCCUGGCCAAGAUAUAG